UAUAUCAUUCUCUUCUAAAUGCAACUGUAGUUGCAUCACAUGAUUCUCUUAUUUUGUUCUCUUUCUUGCCUGCACAAAACAUUGGUUGGAAACUAUUGCAUUUGCUUCUAUAUUAUAAAAAUAUAUAUGUAUUACGCUUAUAUUGAUUUUUUCUGAUUGUUUGUAUCUUCUGCUUCUUUGUCCAUGUGGGUUAAUUCUGUAAGUGGGUUCAAAGUUUGGUUUUUUUUUUUUUUGGUUUAAAAAUUGAGGAAGGAUGAAGUAUCAGUUUCUUCCACUCUUCAUCAACCAUAAAAAUAAUAUUAUGUAAAAGAAAUGAGGGCCCUUGAGCAUUUAAGAAUUCUGUCUGUAUAAUUAUAGCGUAGCUGAGCUUCAAUCCUGUUUAAGAUUCCAUAAAUUUUCUAUUAAUUGGAGUCUGGGUGUCACUUGGCUUCUUGUUUUCUUACUUUCCGUGAGAAUUUGAUUAAGAUGCGCAUAGCUUUCAAAGAGUUUGGGUGGAGGAUGUUAUAGAGGUAUGGAAGCCAUGUGGGUGAAUGAGACAUGCUUUUUAUCUCCUCUAUUUGCGGUGUUUAUCAGCAGCUAAAUUGCGUUCACUGGCAAGAAACUCUGGCUGAAAAUUGAAGUAUAAUUAUCAUGGAUCUUGAGUAUGGCAAGUUCUCGGAUGCUUCAAAGAAGGGUUCUUGGAAGACGGCAUUGCUUUUCGCAUACCAAAGUCUAGGUGUGGUUUAUGGGGAUCUGAGUACUUCCCCACUUUAUGUCUACAAGAGCACAUUUGCUGAAGACAUUCAACACUCAGAGUCAAAUGAAGAGAUCUUUGGUGUUCUAUCCUUUGUUUUCUGGACUCUUACUUUAGUCCCCUUAUUCAAGUACGUGUUUGUGGUUCUUCGAGCGGAUGACAACAGAGAGGGAGGGACUUUUGCACUGUAUUCUCUGAUAUGCCGACACGCAAAUGUCAGUCUUCUGCCCAACAGACAGGUUGCUGAUGAAGCGGUCUCUACAUAUAAACUUGAGCACCCUCCAGAGAAAAGGAGCAGCUCAAGAGUAAAAGUGUACCUUGAGAAGCAUAAGGUCUUGCACACUGCUUUAUUAAUCUUGGUUCUCCUAGGAACUUGUAUGGUGAUUGGAGAUGGCGUUCUCACUCCAGCAAUUUCAGUUUUCUCUGCUGUCUCUGGCCUCGAGUUAUCCAUGUCCAAGGAGCAUCACCAGUAUGCAGUUAUUCCAAUCACUUGCUUCAUUUUGGUGUGUCUUUUUGCACUUCAACACUACGGUACACAUCGGGUCGGAUUUUUAUUUGCUCCCAUAGUGUUAACAUGGCUGCUUUGUAUCAGUGCCCUUGGCUUAUACAAUAUGAUCCACUGGAACCCACAUGUCUAUCAAGCUCUUUCUCCAUAUUACAUGUUCAAAUUCUUGAAGAAGACAAAGAAAGGUGGAUGGAUGUCUUUGGGAGGCAUACUUCUCUGCAUAACAGGCUCGGAGGCAAUGUUUGCUGAUCUUGGUCACUUCUCUUAUGCUGCAAUUCAGACUGCUUUCACCUUUCUGGUUUAUCCAGCUCUUAUAUUGGCAUAUAUGGGUCAAGCUGCUUAUUUGUCUCAACAUCAUCAUACAAGUUACCACAUCAGUUUCUAUGUCUCAGUUCCAGAUAGUGUGAGAUGGCCAGUGUUAGUAAUAGCAAUUCUGGCUUCUGUUGUGGGAAGCCAAGCAAUCAUUAGCGGAACAUUCUCGAUCAUCAAUCAGAGCCAAUCACUUAGCUGUUUUCCUAGAGUGAAGGUUAUUCACACCUCCGACAAGAUACAUGGCCAGAUUUAUAUCCCUGAAAUAAAUUGGGUGCUCAUGAUCCUUUGCAUCACUGUGACUAUUGGAUUUAGAGACACAAAACACAUGGGGAAUGCAUCAGGGUUGGCAGUGAUGACUGUGAUGCUGGUGACAACAUGCCUCAUGUCCCUCGUUAUUAUCCUCUGUUGGAACAAACCUCCCGCUGUAGCUCUUUCCUUUCUUCUUUUCUUUGGUUCUAUUGAGUUGCUUUACUUCUCAGCUUCACUCACCAAGUUCACAGAAGGUGCUUGGCUUCCUAUUCUGUUGGCCCUUUUCCUCAUGACAAUCAUGUUUGUAUGGCAUUAUGCCACCAUUAAGAAAUAUGAAUUUGAUCUCCACAAUAAGGUGUCCCUAGAAUGGCUAUUAGCAUUGGGUCCAAGCCUAGGAGUUGCUCGAACACCCGGUAUUGGCUUAGUUUUUACUGAUCUCACCUCAGGCAUCCCAGCUAACUUUUCUCGUUUUGUCACUAACCUUCCGGCCUACCACCAUAUCCUCGUCUUUGUGUGUGUAAAGUCAGUACCUGUCCCUUUUGUACCCCCAGCUGAGCGUUAUCUAGUGGGCCGUGUUGGUCCUGCUGCUCAUAGGUCUUAUAGGUGCAUCGUUCGUUAUGGAUACCGAGAUGUACACCAGGAUAUUGAUUCUUUUGAAACGGAGCUAGUUGCCAGACUGGCUGAUUUCAUCCGCUAUGAUUGGCAUCGGACCCAGCACACUAGUCCUUAUGCUGAAGAUGAUGCUUCCCACUCUAAUGAAUCAUCAAGUGAACGUAGAUUAGCAGUAAUAGGGACAGUAGCAUUUUCUGGCACACGAGGUUAUGGAAUUGAGGAAAGUGUGGAACCAGCAAGUGUAUCUAUUGGAUUCUCAACGGUAGAGAGUGUGACGGAUGUGAUUGAGAUGCAGGCUAUGGGUGCGGGAGCUGUUGAAAGGAGAGUUAGAUUUGCGAUUGAUGAUGAUGACUCCGAAUCUGAUGUGCAAACCAAAAUGUAUGUUCAGUUGGAAGAAGAGCUGAGGGAUCUGAUGACAGCCCAAGAAGCAGGGACUGCAUUCAUACUAGGACACACACAUGUGGAAGCAAAGCAAGGAUCUUCGAUUUUAAAGAGAUUGGCCAUUAAUUUUGGGUACAAUUUCUUGAGAAGGAAUUGCCGCGGACCAGAUGUUGCACUCAAGGUGCCCCCAGUAUCUUUAUUAGAGGUUGGCAUGGUUUAUGUGGUGUAAGCUUCCCAUCUCAUGUAACUAGUUUUUGUAGCUUAUUAUAUUUAUGCCAGAGAUAUAUACAUAAACACAAAUAUAAUGAAGUGAAAGAAAGAAGACGUACUUGCUAGUUCCAGCUGGUCUGUAGAGAAAGUUAUAACUUGUUUAAGAGAGGGAGGGAUUCACCUCUUCCUUUAUGUCAGAUGAUGCUACACACAUGAAAUUACUAUAUAUAUCAAA